UUGAGCACUUUGAGGGAGAGCUUGUUAACAUGGCACCACACUGUGUUGUUACCUACCCUCACCGCCUGGGGGGCAGCCCAUCAGGAAGUCCAGGAUCCAGUUGCAGAGGGAGGUGUUGUUACCUACCCUCACCGCCUGGGGGGCAGCCCGUCAGGAAGUCCAGGAUCCAGAAGUCCACAAUCAUGGCACCACACUGUGUUGUUACCUACCCUCAGCACCUGGGGGGCGGCCCAUCAGGAAGUCCAGGAUCCAGUUGCAGAGGGAGGUGUUGUUACCUACCCUCACCACCUGGGGGGAGGCCCAUCAGGAAGUCCAGGAUCAUGGCACCACACUGUGUUGUUACCUACCCUCACCACCUGGGGGGCGGCCCAUCAGGAAGUCCAGGAUCCAGUUGCAGAGGGAGGUGUUGUUACCUACCCUCACCACCUGGGGGGCGGCCCAUCAGGAAGUCCAGGAUCCAGUUGCAGAGGGAGGUGUUGUUACCUACCCUCACCACCUGGGGGGCGGCCCAUCAGGAAGUCCAGGAUCAUGGCACCACACUGUAUUGUUACCUACCCUCACCACCUGGGGUGGCGGCCCAUCAGGAAGUCCAGGAUCCAGUUGCAGAGGGAGGUGUUGUUACCUACCCUCACCACCUGGGGGGAGGCCCAUCAGGAAGUCCAGGAUCCAGUUGCAGAGGGAGGUGUUGUUACCUACCCUCACCACCUGGGGGGCGGCCCAUCAGGAAGUCCAGGAUCCAGUUGCAGAGGGAGGUGUUGUUACCUACCCUCACCACCUGGGGGGGCGGCCCAUCAGGAAGUCCAGGAUCCAGUUGCAGAGGGAGGUGUUGUUACCUACCCUCACCACCUGGGGGGAGGCCCAUCAGGAAGUCCAGGAUCCAGUUGCAGAGGGAGGUGUUGUUACCUACCCUCACCACCUGGGGGGCGGCCCAUCAGGAAGUCCAGGAUCCAGUUGCAGAGGGAGGUGUUGUUACCUACCCUCACCACCUGGGGGGAGGCCCAUCAGGAAGUCCAGGAUCCAGUUGCAGAGGGAGGUGUUGUUACCUACCCUCACCACCUGGGGGGCGGCCCAUCAGGAAGUCCAGGAUCCAGUUGCAGAGGGAGGUGUUGUUACCUACCCUCACCACCUGGGGGGAGGCCCAUCAGGAAGUCCAGGAUCCAGUUGCAGAGGGAGGUGUUGUUACCUACCCUCACCACCUAGGGGGAGGCCCAUCAGGAAGUCCAGGAUCAUGGCACCACACUGUGUUGUUACCUACCCUCACCACCUGGGGGGCGGCCCAUCAGGAAGUCCAGGAUCAUGGCACCACACUGUAUUGUUACCUACCCUCACCACCUGGGGGGCGGCCCAUCAGGAAGUCCAGGAUCCAGUUGCAGAGGGAGGUGUUGUUACCUACCCUCACCACCUGGGGGGCAGCCCAUCAGGAAGUCCAGGAUCCAGUUGCAGAGGGAGGUGUUGUUACCUACCCUCACCACCUGGGGGGCGGCCCAUCAGGAAGUCCAGGAUCCAGUUGCAGAGGGAGGUGUUGUUACCUACCCUCACCACCUGGGGGGAGGCCCAUCAGGAAGUCCAGGAUCCAGUUGCAGAGGGAGGUGUUGUUACCUACCCUCACCACCUGGGGGGCGGCCCAUCAGGAAGUCCAGGAUCCAGUUGCAGAGGGAGGUGUUGUUACCUACCCUCACCACCUGGGGGGGGCGGCCCAUCAGGAAGUCCAGGAUCCAGUUGCAGAGGGAGGUGUUGUUACCUACCCUCACCACCUGGGGGGAGGCCCAUCAGGAAGUCCAGGAUCCAGUUGCAGAGGGAGGUGUUGUUACCUACCCUCACCACCUGGGGGGCGGCCCAGACAGUACCGUACUGAAGAGCCCUCACUGCUGCUCCACCAAACUGGAAACCUUCCAACUAGCUUGGAGAGACAGUACCGUAUCGAAGAGCCCUCACUGCUGCUCCACCAAACUGGAAGUCUUCUGACUAGCUUGGAGAGACAGUACCGUAUCGAAGAGCCCUCACUACUGCUCCACCAAACUGGAAACCUUCCAACUAGCUUGGAGAGACAGUACCGUAUCGAAGAGCCCUCACUGCUGCUCCACCAAACUGGAAGUCUUCUGACUAGCUUGGAGAGACAGUACCGUAUCGAAGAGCCCUCACUGCUGCUCCACCAAUCUGGAAGACUUCUGACUAGCUUGAAGAGACAGUACCGUAUCGAAGAGCCCUCACUGCUGCUCCACCAAACAGGAAGUCUUCUGACUAGCUUGGAGAGACAGUACCGUAUCGAAGAGCCCUCACUGCUGCUCCACCAAACAGGAAGUCUUCUGACUAGCUUGGAGAGACAGUACCGUAUCGAAGAGCCCUCACUGCUGCUCCACCAAACAGGAAGUCUUCUGACAAGCUUGGAAAGACAGUACCGUGCAGUAUCGAAGAGCCCUCACUGCUGCUCCACCAAACAGGAAAUCUUACGACUAGCUUGGAGAGACAGUACCGUGCAGUAUCGAAGAGCCCUCACUGCGGCUCCACCAAACAGGAAGUCUUCUGACUAGCUUGGAGAGACAGUACCGUAUCGAAGAGCCCUCACUGCUGCUCCACCAAACUGGAAGUCUUCUGACAAGCUUGGAAAGACAGUACCGUGCAGUAUCGAAGAGCCCUCACUGCUGCUCCACCAAACAGGAAAUCUUACGACUAGCUUGGAGAGACAGUACCGUGCAGUAUCGAAGAGCCCUCACUGCGGCUCCACCAAACAGGAAGUCUUCUGACUAGCUUGGAGAGACAGUACCGUAUCGAAGAGCCCUCACUGCUGCUCCACCAAACAGGAAGUCUUCUGACUAGCUUGGAGAGACAGUACCGUAUCGAAGAGCCCUCACUGCUGCUCCACCAAACAGGAAGUCUUCUGACUAGCUUGGAGAGACAGUACCGUAUCGAAGAGCCCUCACUGCUGCUCCACCAAACAGGAAGUCUUCUAACUAGCUUGGAGAGACAGAACCGUAUCGAAGAGCCCUUACUGCUGCUCGAUCAUCCUAUUGUUCCAACUUGAGGAAAAUAAGAACAAUCCUAAAUUUAUUUUUGAUACUGUUGCAAAGCUAACUAAAAAGCAGCAUUCCCCAAGACAGGAUGGUUUUCACUUCAGCAGUGAUAAAUUCAUGAAUUUCUUUGACGAAAAGAUCAUAAUCAUUAGAAACCAAAUUACGGACUCCUCUUUAAAUCUGUGUAUUUUCUCCAAAACUCAGUUGUCUAUACAGAACUACCAGGACCUCAGAUCAAUGGAGACACUCAAGUUUUUAAAAUCCUGUUUCUCUUGACCCAUUCAUGAAAAUAUUCAUGGCCUCUAAACCUUCAAGCUGCAUACUGGACCCGAUUCCAACUAAACUACUGAAAGAGCUGCUUCCUGUGCUUGGCCCUCCUAUGUUGAACAUAAUAAACGUCUCUCUAUCCACCGGAUGUGUACCAAACUCACUAAAAGUUGCAGUAAUAAAGCCUCUCUUGAAAAAGCCAAACCUUGACCCAGAAAAUCUUAUAAAACUAAAAAUCAGCCUAUAUCGAAUCUCCCAUUCCUCUCAAAAUGUUUUGAAAAGGCUGUUGCGCAGCAACUCACUGCCUUCCUGAAGACAAACAAUGUAUACGAAACGCUUCAGUCUGGUUUUAGACCCCAUCAUAGCACUGAGACUGCACUUGUGAAGGUGGUAAAUUACCUUUUAAUGGCAUCAGACCGAGGCUCUGCAUCUGUCCUCGUGCUCCUAGACCUUAGUGCUGCUUUUGAUACCAUCGAUCACCACAUUAUUUUAGAGAGAUUGGAAACCCUAAUUGGUCGACACGGACAAGUUCUGGCCUGGUUUAGAUCUUAUCUGAUGGAAAGAUAUCAGUUUCUCUGUGGAUGGUUUGUCCUCUGACAAAUCAAUUAUAAGUUUCGGUGUUCAUCAAGGUUCCAUUUUAGGACCACUAUUGUUUUCACUAUAUAUUCUAUAUAUUAAUACUAUAUAUAUAUAUUUACAUAUUUACCUCUUGGUGAUGUCAUUUGGAAACAUAAUGUUAACUUUCACUGCUAUGCGGAUGACACACAGCUGUACAUUUCAAUGAAACAUGGUGAAGCCCAAAAAUUGCCCUCCCUGGAAGCCUGUGUUUCAGACAUAAGGAUGUGGAUGGCUGCAAAUGUUCUACUUUUAAACUCGGAGAAAACAGAGAUGCUUGUUCUAGGUCCCAAGAAAGAUAAGAGAUCUUCUGUCGAAUCUGACAAUAAAUAUUAAUGGUUGUACAGUCGUCUCAAAUAAAACUGUGAAGGACCUCGGCGUUA